AAGAAAAGGUCUAAAACAGAGUGUAAUUGUCGUCAAUUCAAUUGUCGUACUGACUGACAGUUCUACGUUUGAAAUGGACGGUUGUCAACGCGCUGGCAAGCGAGUCUGCCUUACUUACGUGCUUUCAUUUGUGCUGCUUUCGGCCUUUUUUUACUACCUAAUGGCGCACAAUAGCAGGAACAACAUGGGAAUAGUGCGACUUCGCGAGGAUGUGGAUGAUAUAUCGCAUAUGCUCCGCCAACAGCAGAUGGAAAGCAAGGGAGCCCAGAUCUCGAACUGCCUCGGCGGAGAACCAAAGGGAAUGGGCAGCGGAUCGGGCAGGUGCGACAACCGGGAGGUAACCGCCUAUGUGGACACUCUGUUCAAGCGCAAGAUGGGCCAUCUGAUGGACGACGUGUACAACCUGAAGAAGCAGGUGAUGAGCGCCGACUGCUCCGCCCGAGUUGGCCAAUCCGCUCCCAAAAGCGAGACCGUCUCGGUGGGCAAAGCCCGCAUAAACUACGCUUCCGAGGAACUGGGCGCCAGGAUCAUCGACGUUAAAGCCCCGCCCAUCGGAGGCACCAAUGUUAUCAAGACGCUCCUUGGCCUGGACUUCAGUGCCAAUCCUCCCGUGAACAUGCUGCGUCCGGCCCUCACUCCAGGAUCCUGCUUCGGAUUCAGCGGCAGUCGGGCCACGGUGAUCCUGCACCUGGCCAAGUCCAUCGUCGUGGAGGCCAUUUCCCUCACCCACGUGGCCCGCGAGAUGACCCCCACCCUGUGCGUGAAGAGUGCCCCCAAGGAAUUUGAUGUGUACGGUCUGCUACUGGACAAUUCCAAGCGAGAGCUGUUGGGACAGUGGACCUUCGAUAACGCGGCCAACAGGCGCUCUCAGACCUACAGUGUACACCACAAAGGCUUUUUUCGGAGGCUGGCCUUCAAUUUCAACUCGAACCACGGCGCGAAUUCCACCUGCAUUUAUCGUAUUGAAGUGUUUGGGAGACUGCAGAAACAUGACUGAUUUCGUGCUUACAACAAUAAUAUAUUUUGUUAAUUAUUUUUUAGCCUUAAUAAAUAUUGAUUGUUUAAGUUAAA